AUGAGAAGUGAUGAUAUUCUCACCGGACCAGAAUUCCCAUCGUGGUUUAACAAUCGUGGAUUAAUUGCAAUUCCUUAUAUAGCUGCAUUUACUCUUAUUUUUCUCAUGACUAUUGGUGGUUCAAAGGUUUUCGGUUUGCUGCUCUACAUUCUAUCACCGUUGGCUGUGUGUCUACUGACUGGAGUGUUGAUCACCGUGGGUGUGAAUUAUGCAGAUUCUACAAAUCAACUGAGGGAUUAUACGAAUAAAUUCUAUCGUAUGUUUUUUGCUAUGAUACCGAUCAAUCCUGAUGGUGUUGAUACGUAUGAAGUUCAACCAUUAGUUUGGGGAUUCCUUUCCACAUUUGUGCAUUUAUCUCAGUCAAAUAAUUUGUGGAAUGGGGUAUACCCCGUUUUGGGUAAAUUAAUUGGCGGUGGAAGUAAGAUGAGACAUCUUGGUUGGAUUCCUCUAGCAAUAGGUUCAAUAUUACUCGGACAAUUACCUGUACUAAUCAUGCUAUUCGCUGUAGCUUCAUCUUAUGAUCCACAAUAUGUUCGAUGUCAUCUAAGUGCUGAUUGGUUAGCACCAUUUGUAAUAAUGUCACAUAUUUUUUCAAAAUUUUCAAGUCCUAGAGCACUUGUCACAUCUUAUUUUCUUGGACUGUCAUUAUGCCUUUUAUUGAAUCAAGCAUUAAUUCUGUUAACUACCGUAGAACACAUAGUUGGUCAUUUAACAGUAAUUAAUGAGAAGUAUGAAGAUCAUUAUAAAAGAAUUUAUCGUUGUUCAAUUGUAUUCACUAUACUGCUACUUGGAUUACUUGGAUUGCCUUUAAUUACACAGUCUGGGUUUUAUUGGAUCCGAUUGAUCGAUUGGUUUGUUGAUCGUUUAAUGAUUAUACCAGUAAUUGGACAAGUAGUUGGUUUCCUAACUGUGUAUGCCCAGUCAAAAGGUACAAAAUUUGAAACCCCGUUGUUGAAAACCUGUGUAAUAUGCAUUUAUGCGAUACUUUUUACUUUCUCUGGAAGUAUCUACAUCUGGUAUGCAUUUACAGGCUUACAAAAACCACCGGAUUCACAGUGUCGAACAUUUAGUCGUGCACCAGUUAAUGAUCCAUUACAAGAUAAUUUCUCACUGUUGGGUUGGUUAAUUGCAUUUGGUCCAGUUAUGCUGGGAAUAGUAACUGGAUUACUCUUAGCUUUGAUACGUUUUCGUAGUCAUCAACAGUAUACAAGAUAUUCGUACUUUCGUUACUUAUUCAAAGGUGAAUACGGUCUACAAAAGUUUACUCAAAUCACAGCACAUUCAUCAUCACAAAUGAAAUAUAAUCCACCGAAAUUUUCAAAUUAUCCUAAGCAUCUUUCAUGGACAAGAAUAAAUCACUGUGAUGAUUUCGGGUCGACAAAACUUCUCUCGCCAAAUUUACACCAAAUACACCACCAAAGUCAUUUUGCAGUGAACCAACCACUUUAUCGAUCAGUUGGAGAUGGAUUGGGCAUUUUUAUGCCAUCGAAUGAUAAUCUUUCACAGGCUUCUUCGACAAAUAGACUGCCAUUAUACGUGGAACACAGUAGACGGCAUAGACCUGAUAAUUAUGUACCACCGCAACACAGAAGAUCUGAAGUGAAUAUCUAUAAUAAAUCAGCUGGCAAGACAAAUGAACAUCAGUAUUACAAUUCUAGAUAUAACCGACAUCAUAAUUAUCCUAAUCGUCAUUCUGUUGGUCGACUGGAUAUUUAUGAGAGUGAAGAGUUUUUAUAAACUGAAGUCAGUGUAUAUGUGUGAAGAUCUCAUCGUUGUUGGCGCUAGACUCUUCGAGAAGCCGAAGUUCCCCUCCUCGCUUGUUCAUUUUC